UCAUUCCAUAUUUUACAUGAGUCAGAGUGUUUCUACAACUACAUUAUCGAAUGUAGUAUUGUAGUAUAUCUAUAUUUGAUCACAGAAGGCUAAGCUCUAUGAGAUACAGCUGCCCGUUCCAGCAAAUCGGUUACAUUAUUUCACUAAAUGAUUUAAUAUAAUAUUGUUGCUGGUGAAUUUAAUGAUACAAUUUCUACAUGCCACACAUUGAAAAGCUUUCUUCUUACCUAAUAACAGAUGACAUUGGUGUAGAAGAAUAUUUUACUUCAGAUGCAUCAUAAGUAUUUAUCAUCUCUUGAAAACUAAAGGAAAAGAUAUUCUACAGAACUGCUAUAUAUAUAUAUAUAUAUAUAUAUAACUACAGUUAAAUUUUGUGAAAUGUUCUCAAAUAAGAUUAAUAGCGAAAUUUCUAUGUUUCGACUGUUUGGCAUUUGCACAAGACGGGUUUUCAUUCUAAAUUAACCUUGGACAAAUUUACAAAGGAAACCGAAGCAAUCACUCUUGUUGAAAGUAUAAUUGUAGAAAUAUUUUUUAGAAUUAAAACAUAACACUGAAGGAAGGCAAAAAAAAUUCUGUUGAUUGGCAUAAGAAAAAAAAAUAUAGAAAAUGAAUUAUGUAAGUACAAUGUUAAAUGUAAAUCAGAGUAAACGAAUUGAUUUUACUGAUGAAAUCCCAAAAGAGAUAGGGAAAAUAGAAUAUCACUGUGGCAUAUGUGAAAAAUCAUUCUCUCGAAAAGGUAACCUGACAACUCACAAACGUAUUCAUACAGGAGAAAAACCAUAUCACUGUGAUGUCUGUGGUAAAUCCUUUUCUCAAAGUGUUAGUUUAACUCGUCAUAUAUAUAUUCAUACAGGAGAGAGACCAUAUUAUUGCGAUAUCUGUGGUAAAUCAUUCUCACAAAGAAGUCAUUUAAAUACUCACAACCGUAUUCACACAGGAGAAAAACCUUAUCACUGUGACAUCUGUGGUAAAUCUUUCUCGCAAAAUGAUACCUUAACUAUACACAAACGUAGUCAUACAGGAGAGAGGCCAUAUCUCUGUGAUGUCUGUGGAAAAUCAUUCUCUGAAGGAAGUCACUUAACUACACAUAAGCGCAUUCAUACAGGAGAAAAACCAUAUCACUGUGAGUUCUGUGAUAAAUCAUUCUCUCAAAGUCAUGAUUUAACUAUACACAAACGCAUUCAUACUGGAGAAAAGCCAUAUUGCUGUGAUAUUUGUGGUAAAUCAUUCACUAUAACAGUGCAGUUAACUGCACACAGAUACAUUCAUACAGGAGAUGAGCCGUAUCACUGUGAUAUUUGUGACAAAUCAUUCUCUCGAAGUGGUGACUUAACUAAACACAAACGCAUUCAUACAGGAGAGAAACCAUAUCACUGUGAUAUCUGUGGUAAAUCAUUCUCAGAAGGAAGUAACCUGUCUAAACAUAAACACAUCCAUACAGGAGAGAAGCCAUAUCACUGUGAUACCUGUGGUAAAUCAUUCUCUCGAAAUGGUACACUAACUAAACACAAAUACAUUCAUACAGGAGAGAAGCCAUUUCGCUGUGAAAUCUGCAAUAAAUCAUUCUCUCAGAAAAGUCACUUGACUACACAUGUCUGUAUUCAUGCUUAUUCUACAUUCAAGGUCCAUGUCUUGCUAUCAAGUAGCAUCACAAUUCUAACACAAACACCACACAAUGUAGCCUUCAUCCUGAAGGAAAAGACUAAUGCUGUUAGUAAUGGAAUUGGAUCUCAGGACUUUUACCAUUCUGUUCUUACCCUGAUUACUAUAUUUUCUGAACAAACACCUCCCUUGCUAAUAUUUUUAAGAAUAAAAUAUAUAUAUUAUGGUGAUAAAAACAAAGUUAUGGAAAAUGAAUUCUGUGAGAACACAAUUAAAUGUAAAACAGAGUCUAAAGUGGUUGAUUUUUCUGAUGAUAUACUGAAAGAGAUAGGAAAGACAUCUUAUCAUUGCAAUACCUGUAAAAGGUCAUUCUCUCAUAAAGGUCACUUCACUAUUCAUAAACGCAUUCAUACAGGAGAAAAACCAUUUAACUGUGAUACCUGUGGUAAAUCAUUUGCUGUAAGUAGUACCUUAACUAGACACAAACGUAUUCAUACAGGAGAGAAACCGUAUCACUGUGAUAUCUGUGGUAAAUCGUUCUCUGUAUCUUGUCACUUAAGUAAUCAUAAAUAUGUUCAUACAAGAGAGAAACCAUAUCACUGUGAUAUCUGUGGUAAAUCAUUCUCUUUAAGGGGUCACUUAACUAGUCACAAAUAUAGUCAUACAGGAGAGAGAUCAUAUCACUGUGAUAUCUGUGGUAAAUCAUUCUCGCUAAAAGGUCAUUUAACUUCUCAUAAACGCAUUCAUACAGGAGAGAAGCCAUUCCACUGUGAUAUCUGCAGUAAAUCAUUCUCUGAACGAAGUACAUUAACUAACCACAGACGCAUUCAUACAGGUGAAAAGCCUUAUUGCUGUGUUAUCUGUGGUAAAUCAUUCUCUCAUGGACGUACAUUAACUAACCAUGAACACAUUCAUACAGGAGGCAAACCAUAUCAUUGUGAUAUCUGUGGUAAUUCAUUCUCUCAAACUGGUAAUUUAACUAGACAUAAACGCAUUCAUACAGGAGAGAAACCAUAUUGCUGUGAUAUCUGUGGUAAGUCCUUCUCUGUAAUAAAUCAUUUAACUAGACACAAACGCAUUCAUACAACAGAGAAGACUAUUGGAAAAAUAUUGUACCACUGUGAUAUCUGUAAAAAGACAUUCCAUCAGAAAGCUAGCAUAACUACUCACAGACGUAUUCAUACAGGAGAAAAGCCAUAUCACUGUGAUAUCUGUGGUAAAUCAUUCUCUGAAACUGGUCAUUUAACAAGACACAAACGCAUUCAUACAGGAGAGAAGCCAUAUCACUGUGAUAUCUGUGGGAAAACAUUUUCUCAAACCAGUCAUUUGACUAUUCACAAGCGUUUUCAUACUGGAGACAAACCCUAUCACUGCGAUAUCUGUGGUAAAUCAUUCUCUCAAAAGAGUCACUUAACUACUCACAAACGUUUCCAUACAGGAGAUAAACCUUAUUGCUGUGAUAUUUGUGGUACAUCAUUCUCUCAGACAAGUCACUUGACCAUUCACAAACGUAUUCAUACAGGCGAGAAGCCAUAUCACUGUGAUAUCUGUGGCAAAUCAUUCUCACAAAAUAGCGACAUAUCUAAACAUAAACACAUUCAUACAGGAGAGAAGCCUUAUCACUGUGAUACUUGUGGUAAACCAUUCUCUACCAGUAGUGAUUUAACCAAACACAAACGUGUCCAUUCAGGAGAGAAACCGUAUCACUGUGACAUCUGUGGUAAAUCAUUCUCUGUAGGCAGCACAUUGGUUACUCAUAAACGCAUUCAUACAGGAGAGAAGCAACAUCACUGUGAUAUCUGUGGCAAAUCAUUUUCAGGAAGUAGCGAAUUAACUACACAUAUACGCAUUCAUACAGGAGAGAAGCCAUAUUGCUGUGAUAUCUGUGGUAAAUCCUUCUCCAGAAGUGGUGACUUAACUACACACAUACGUAUUCAUACAGGAGAGAAGCCAUAUCAUUGUCAUACCUGUGGUAAAUCAUUCUCUCAGACAAGUUGCUUAACUCGACACAAGUGUGUUCAUACCGAUGAAACAACAUAUAACUGAUCAUCUGCAUCAUUUAAUGUCCAUUUUCUAUGUUGGACAGUUUGAUAGCAGCUAUAAGGCCAUGGUUUCUGCUGCUAGCUGCCCUUCCUAAUGCCAACCACUUUACAGAGUGUCCUGGGUGCUUUUUAUCAGGCAUCAGCACCAGUGCUUUUUUCAUUUACAUAGCACCAUCAACAGUGAUUUUUUAUGUGGCACCAGCACUGACAGGGUCACCAAAUAACUUGCAAAACAAGCUAAUAUCUGUGAUAAAUCAUUCUUCCUUCAAAAAUCACAUAAUUACAUGUGUGUGUCAGUGUGGCCUCAAAUUUGAAUAAAGAUAUAAUUUCUAAAUCAUCAUCAUUAAUAUUUUAAAUGUCCAUUAUGUUUGUUGUUAUGAGUUGGGCAUGUCUCUUGUACAAGCUAUCACUGUAUUUUGUCAGUUGGUUGACAUUUCAGUAUUGAGGCACAAAAUUUUAAAUUCUGACUUUGUUGUUUUUGUGAAUAACUAGAAAUUUGAAGCUGGUUUACUCCUGAAUUAUUUUCUCUAAUUUCUUUUUCCUGUUACAUGUAACUAAAAUUUUUAUUGUAUCUUGGGACGGUCAUUAUGCCAAUUAUAAACACACUGGUUCAAUUUCACUUCUUUUAUUAUUAUUAGUCAAUUCACUAACAUUUAACUAAUUAGCUAAUCAAUUGUUUGAUUAAUCAUUUGGUCAACCAAUCAAUAGACUAAAUUUGUUAAAGCAAUUAUUCAAAAUUGAUAUAAUAAAUACAUUUAUCAUGUU